AUGAAUGAAAAAUUUGGUACAAAGCUAUUGAACGGUGGUGAGUUUUACGGAUCUGACAAUGCCAACUUGAAGCUCCUUCAAAAGUUUUUGGAAUCCAACUCUUCCGAAGAUAAUGAAAAGUUGAUUAUUUCGAUCAAGGGCUGCCUUAAUGAGAAAUUUGUCCCUGAUGGAAGCAAAGAAGGCGUUGCCAGAUCGAUCGAUAACAUAUUGUCAUUUUUCCCAAGCCCGGGUGCCAAAGGUCGACCCAAGAUUUUGUUUGAACCAGCACGGGUGGAUAUAACUCACCCCUACGAUAAAACCAUUAGUUACAUUGCUGAAUACGUCAAAGCGGGGAAAAUUGACGGUGUGUCACUUUCUGAAGUUGGUAUUGGCUCAAUCCAGAAAGCAUUGUCGGUCUGCGCCAUUCUGUUUGUCGAACUUGAAUUGUCACUUACAUGUCAAGACAUUCUUCACAACGGCAUUAUUGAAGAGCUCACUAAGAACAACGUGUCUGUGAUUGCUUACUCUCCCUUAGGUCGUGGUUACUUGACUGAUUACACUGUCGAACACAAGGAUACAUUCUUGAAUGAAAUGAAAGACGGAGACAUUCGACGGAUGUGUGGCAAAUUCGCUCCCGAAAACUACAAACACAAUAUUGUUCUUGUGGAAAAACUAUACAAUUAUGCCCACUCUAAAAAGAAUUGCUCUUUGGAGACACUUGCGUUGUCGUGGAUUUUGUCAUUGUCGGAAAACCCAAACUAUAAAGGUCGUAAGAUCACGAAGAUCUUACCAAUUCCCGGUGGCUCUACUCCUCAGAGAAUUGAGAAUAACUUGUCAGCACUCGUCACCUUGAGCUCCGAUGACUUGAAUGAGAUUGACAGAAUUUGCAAUGAAAUUCCAGUCAAGGGGUUGCGUUACAACGAAGCUGCUGAAGCAUAUUUAUUUGCAUAA